AUGACGGUCGCGCCCUUGCUGCGCAUGUUGCGGCAUCAGUGUCGGCUGGUACCGGCCCUCAGCGCAGUUCUUCUGUGCAGCGCAGGCCACUGCCUGUGGACUUUCCUGUCAUUGUCAGCAGGUUCGCGUUCGCCUGGCGACCGAUGGGAGCGGCCAGUUCCGAUAGGUCAUCGCAUUCAGACCGCGGGAUGCACGCUGCCCCGGUUCGACCCAUUCGACCCGACCGUCAAGCCCUUCAUCCGGCGCCGCUUCGAGCACGCCAAGUGCCCCGGAAAGCCUAACUUCCUCACCAUCAGGCAUGGUUUCCCGACUAUUCUUCCACACAAACUGGAGGAGCACAGAGUCCUUCCUGAAGAACUCACGUGCUUCUACAGGGAAAUCUACCGAAAUGAUUCUCUAAAUGUUCCAGACAGAGUGUACCUGUUCGGGCCCAGAAGAACACUGUCCUUUGAAGAGGCACUGAAUGAGGAGUUCCUAUUCGUAGAGUGUGUCACAAAGAAGUCCCCGAAGAGGCCCUUUCAUGACCAGUUUCUUCUGAACCCACUCCUUAAGAGGAACGUCGAGAAGCGCUGUCGAAAGGCGCGUAAAAGGACGCCCCACAACCUCAGCGUUUUAAUGCUUGGCCUCGACGCGGUGUCGCACCUUAACUUUGACAGGCACCUUGCGGAGACCGGGAGGUUUGUGCGGGAGAAACUCGGCGCUUUCGAACUUCAUGGAUAUAACAAAGUUGGGGAGAACAGCUACCCGAACCAAAUGGCCCUCCUCGCAGGUCUCAAAUACUUCGAAGCGGAUAAAGUGGCUCAGGCCGGAUUCUACGACAACCUCAAUCCCUCGUUGAUCUGGCGUAAAUAUGCUGCGCGGGGUUACAGGACUAUGUUUCUGGAGGAGUGGACGCAGUAUUCUAUCUUUAGCAGCUUCCAAAAUAAAGGGUUUCGGCGCGCGCCGACUGACUAUUAUCCGCGACACGCCAUCAUGCUAAUGGAGGAGCUAGCCAAGAACACCGAAGAAGAACUGCGGGUGAGCUGCUUGGGACCCACUAUGCCGUCCGAAGUGCUGCUAGGCUAUCUUGCCCACUUUGUGAACGUAAUGUCGGAGCGACCUUUCUUCGCCUAUGCCUGGUUCACCGAACUAACGCACGAAUGGCUCAACAACGCAGCGUAUGCGGACGAACCUGUCCGGCGCCUGCUCGGAGAUCUGCACGCUUCCGGCGCGCUCAACCACACGGUUCUCGUGUUCCUCAGCGACCACGGAUUGCGCUUCGGUGACGUGCGCACCACGUACAUCGGAAGGCUUGAAGACAUCCAGCCGUUCGCCUUCCUCGUCUUUCCGCCGUGGUUCCUAGAGAAGAACCCCGAGGCUGCUCGGAAUCUUCGUGUCAACCAGCGCCGCCUGACGACGCCCUUCGACCUGCACGCGACGCUCGUCGAGCUGCUCGACUAUCCCGUCCGCAAGCGACCGCGCACUGCGCACGGACUGAGCUUGUUUAGCGAGAUUCCGGGCGAGAGGACGUGCAGCGAUGCGUUCAUCAAGCCUCAGUGGUGCGCGUGCAGUGUGCGGGACGUUGCGUCCGUGCCCGGUGCGCUGGUCAGGGCACUGGCUGAUCGGCUUGUUGCUCGCGUCAACGGGGCGUUAGCGCGAGCAUCGCGAAAGUGUGCCGAGUACCAACUGCUCCGAGUGAUGGACGUGACGUCGCUGCAGGCGACACCGGCUGAGCUUGAAAAGAACGCGAGUGAUUACUUGGUCGUCGUCAAGCUGUCGCCCGGCAACGUUGUCCUUGAAGGUCUCGUGCGGGUCGACGGCGACUACAGCACUGAGCUCAUGCAUAUCAGUCGUGUCAACAAGUACAAGGUACAGUCCUACUGCGCGCACACGCGCUGGCUUCGGAAAUAUUGCCACUGCCGCCGCAAUCGCGAAUUGCAGGUCUGAGUUUUGCGUUCCGUAGCGCGUUAGCUCUGCGAAGGUGAAAGAAAGUGAAAUGUAGAUCGAGAA